AGCAAAGCUUAAGGAUUACAAGCCAAGACCAAAACGAAGCUGAGAAAGCAAAAAGUUUGACAAGUGCAACAAAGAAGAAAAAUUAAAAAAAAAUAAAUCGGGGAAAGCUUAUAAGCUGUUAAGCUGUGUUGUUAUUAGUGCGCAUUCAAAGUGAAGUGUUUUUUAAAGAAAAUUUUAAAAAACAACAAAUUACAACAAAAUGAAUGCUAAAGUGAUGUUAUUUGUAACGAUUGUGGCCGGUGUUGCGCUCUGCAGUGCCAUACCAGUUGGUGAUAAUGAAAAUGGCAAGUAUCAGAAUUCCGUAGAUAAUAAAAGUGACGGCAAAUAUCGCCCAAGCAAUGAUGGCAAAUAUCGUCCAAGUUCUCAAAGCGAAGGCGCCGAAGGCGGUUACUAUGAUGCUCAGGGUCGUUACGUGCACAAUGUCCAACCUUAUCGUCACACACACGACAAUCGAGAACUUGGAUUCUAUAGGCACAUCCCAUACCCCUAUGAUGGUGGUUAUGGACCAUAUAACGGAUCUAACAUUCCGUACAAACAUAUUGAUGUGCCUUAUGACCACAAUCUUUACACAUCCACUACCACGAAGAAACCUACAACUACAACCACUACCACGACAACAACAACGACUACCACUACAACCACACCACGCACGGUGUUGUUCAACUAUGAUGAGGAGGGCAAAUACAAGGUGUUGCAUCAGGAGGAUGUGCGCAAACAGGAUAAAUACGAUCACUCUUACUUGACCGAAAACGGCAUCUAUGGCGAAGAGCAAGCUAAGCUGCAUAAGAACGGUGGCACCGAUGCCAAGGGCUUGUACGAAUACACCGGUGAUGAUGGCAAACUCUAUCGCGUUCACUACGAAAGCAACCACAACGGUUUCGUGCCCAGAGGCGAUCAUAUUCCCACACCACCACCAAUCCCAGAAGCCAUUGCACGUGCGCUGAAAUAUGUCGAUGAUUUGCGCAAAUCACGCGGUGAAAUGCCCAUGUUUGAUCAACGUGGUUUCCGUAUUGACAAAAUGUCACCCAAGGAUAUUAUGGCCAAGAUCAAGUCAAUCCAUUUGGAAGAGAUGCCCAAAGAGAUUAGUGAACAAAUUCUUGAAUUGCAACAUGAAAUGGAAAAUUACGAGCAAAUGAUACUGGCGUAUGAACAGGAACAGGAACAGCAGCAGUCGCAAUAUCAACAACAACAAACACAGCAGGAACAAUACCAACAACAAUACCAAGAGUAUGAGCGGGAGUUGUACGAAGUGCCGGCAGCCCAAACUUACGCGGCAGAAUACAAAUAAGCGAUGCUUGGGUGAACUCGUGCCAUGUUUUAAGAGGAAAGGCGAAAUAUAGAAUUAACAAAUUGAAAAUUAAAAAAAAAAAUCAAUUAGACGAAUUGCAAAACGUAUGCUGAGAAUUACGAAAGAUUGGCUCGUUUAUGUUUUAACAUUUAAACGUUUUUAUUAUUUACCUCUAUUAAAUAUUUAAAUUGUACAACAAAAAAAAAAUUAUUCGUAAUAACAAACUAUGCUCGCAACAUCUACAUACAUACAUGAACGGAUAUCAGCAAUCAUCA